CAGAUAAGAAGUAAUCUUAAGCUUAAGCUUAACCUUAAAAUUAGAGCUUUCCCAAUCCCUACAGAUUUUAAUUGAGCAAACUAGUAUCCCGGGUCUUAUUACUGUACUUUGCCUCUAAAGCCUCGUCUCAAUCCAGAGAAUAACCAGCUUGCUAACAGAGACAGAUUGGAGGAAACACUUGUGACUAAGUGACCAUGUUGUGUGUCGUGAUCUUCUGCUGGUUGAGUCUCAGCGCCGUCCAGGUGGCGUCGGGUCUCGUCCGCAAUAACCGCAUGGAGGUCUCACAUCCGAGCCUGAGGAGGACAGAUACCUCGUUCUUCCCUGACAUCACCGUGCAAGAUUCAGGUCCUGCAGUGGAUGCAGUACAACUUCAAAUCGAUUCAGUCGAGGAACAGCUGAUGGUGGAUCCUGUUUCCUAUGAUGAGUUCCCACAGGACAUGGCAGAUGCAGUACAGCUCCAGAGGAGAGGCACACGUUCACCAGGUCGAUGUAUCCCGCAUCAGCAGUCAUGCCUGGGCCAUCAGCUGCCCUGCUGUGACUCAUGCGAUACCUGCUACUGCCGCUUUUUCAAAGCCUUCUGUUAUUGUCGCAGCAUGGACCACAGCUGCAAACACAGACGCGCCUAGCACUCGCAACACUGACCCUGCAUUAGGCUGGGUUAAAGAUGAUAUGCAGAUGUGAAAAUAAAACCUUAUGCCAAAUGCAAAUUUGUUAGUAUGCACAAGAAUCCAUGAUGGUACUGCUUUACAUUAAAGUGCCCUGAACUAACAUUAAACAAAACAUAAACUAAACACUCAUUAACACAUAUUAUUUUUAAAACAAUGAACCAGCAUGCAGACCUACCUGCCAAAAUUAUAACUUAUUGAUUACCAAAACAUAUGUUAAGGUGAUUACCAACAUUUAGAAAGACGGUCUAGGUUAAGUUGAUUUCGUUUAUACAUUAUUGUUAGUUAGUGUAUUUGUUAACAUUUCUAAUUGUUCAGAAAUUUAAUGAUUUGUUCUUGUUAAUUAAUGCAGUAAAUGAUAUUAUGUAAAGGAAACCUUAAUACAAUGCAAAGAUAAAAGUUUAUAAAACCUCACAGGCAUGAACUCAGAGUAGACAACAAUGACCACAUAUUGUUGUACUGGUAAAUGUUUAUACGUGUACAAAUAUAUUUGAAAA